UCUCUGAGUUGAAUUCGUAUCGUUCGGUACCGGUCGACCCGCAAAACCAGUAUGGUGGCAGUGUAAAAGCUUUAUACAUUAGGUAUUCUGUGCUUUGAGGGUGGAAAAUUAGGUCCUAAUCUCAGCUCUACAACGGCGUGUUAUCGCGUGCUGUGAAGUUUCCUGUUCUGGUUGAAAAAAAACGUCCUCACGAGAGGCAAAGCAAAGCGUGUUUAUUUAUCCUCGUGUGCGGAAAGUGUGUGGUGUCAGCAUCGCGAAAAGUUUGUUCCAUUUAUUUGUACUAUAGUGCUAUACAGUCAUUCGGACAGCAGCAAAUUUCGAUGACCGGAAGUGGAAAGGUGGAAAAUUAAUCAAUCAAGUGAUUGGACGGCAACAGUACCUGAAGGCUAGCCAACAGGGGGAUCCUCCCGACAAUAGAACGUGUCUGUAUGUGAGCGUGCUCACUCUGAUGUAGUCCAGCAAAGUGUUCAUAGAGAAAAAAGGUUAAAACGAUAAAUAUAAGAAAGCAAAAUAGUGAUCGAAGAAAUAGUGCUCAAGCCGUCCCUGGAUCAAAGGGAAACGCCCUGGUACAUCGUAGACUGCAUCGUACUGCAAACAGUUUGCGUCUCCUGCUGCUGCUAGUCGUAGUUGGUGAAGCUAAGUCGUGCGGAAGGAAAAUCGACAGUAGCGUGCCGUAGUUUGGUGCAUUAGUUGUCUGUGGCACACGGAAAAUCGUAGCUUUCAACCAGCGAAGAGGGAAGGCAAGUAGCAGCUGGCAGCAACUUUUGCAGUUUCGUUCCGCAACCCGAGCGACAGACGCUUCUAAUUUACGGACAUGGGCUGUUUAGGUAGUAAGGAUCGCCUCUCCAAAGAGGAUAUGGACUUUCUAAAAUCACACACCCGGUACGAUGAGUCCACAAUCAAAGAGUGGUACAAAGGGUUCAAGCAAGAUUGUCCAAACGGUAAACUGACGCCGGCGAAAUUCGUAGAUAUGUACAAAAUGUUCUUCCCGUCGGGCAAUGCCGAAGAAUUCUGCGAUCACGUCUUCCGGACGUUUGACAUGGACAAAAAUGGCUACAUUGAUUUCAAGGAAUUUCUGUUAGCCAUCGACGUUACAUCCAGCGGCACACCGGAGGAGAAGCUGAAGUGGGCAUUCAGAAUGUACGACGUAGACGGAAACGGCGUCAUAGACAUACAAGAAAUGACCAAAAUUGUUCAGGCGAUAUACGAUAUGCUGGGAGCGUGCUCAUCGAACAAACCGGCGGAUUCGGCGGAGGAGCGUGCGAAAAACAUUUUCGCCAAGAUGGACGAGAAUAACGAUGGCCAAUUGACGCAGGACGAGUUCCUCAAGGGCUGCCUGCAGGACGAGGAGCUGUCGAAAAUGUUGGCACCUUAAGCUUAAAAACCAUACAUUUAAACAACAACCAGUAGCUACGCUAGAUAUUCGUAAGAUUUAAGUAAAAACAGAGCAACAUUUAUCGGAGCCAGAGAGAAAGCAUGCAGUUGUUUUUCUUUUGUGUGGGCCACAGCAUAAGUCAAGUAAGCGAAUCGCCGCACGCCUACGCAAAGAAGUCAGAAACAUAAACAUUGCCAGGAUCGGUAGGGUGGGAAAUCUCAUAUUCAAUUUGGCAGAAAAAAACAAAGGAACAGAGCUAAACCAACCAUUAGGGAAUUUUCGCGUUAAGUAAGUUAAUUACAACUUUCAUAUGAAAACACAAACCAAAAAUGUAGCCAAGAGCAGCUAACCCGCUGUCAGGCAAAACGAACCAUUUGUACGAAAGGAGCUUUGCUAGUCCGAGACCAGAGGCAGGAGAGACGAGUACUCAUAAUUAAGCGAAAAUUUGAUGAUAUUGAUAUAAAACUAAUCGUAAUUUUUCAUCAACACACCGAGUAUUGCACCAGAACAAGAAAGCAAAACAGAUUGUAAUGAAAACAAAUAAAAUAGGUAAUUCGUUAUUUUUGUUACCGAAGCAUCACAACAAAAGAAACCAGCAAUAGAUUAAACGUCGUUAUUCGCAUUGCGAAGUGUGUGUGUGCACACUGAUGUAGCGCGGAAAAGCGAGGGGGGAGUGACACAAACCAGAAUUAAAUAUGAUAAUCAUUCGAUUAGUUAAGCAAAGAGGCGAAAGUGUUAUCAAAUCUUUUUCCCCCGAAUGUUCAUGAUAGGCGAGAGAAUCAGGGUUAGUUUAGUGUCAAAGGAAAGUUCAACCAGUAUCGGAAUGAGCACCGACGGUCAUCAUUGCUUCAAUAACCACGUGAUGCGCCUAAGUAGUUACAGGUGGGAGGAUAACCCGAUGAGGUAAGAUUGAGUAAAAAAAUAUUAUUCCACGUCGAAAGGCACAACGGAAAGGCGAAGUUUGGUAAGUAAGUUAAAACUUUUUUCACAUUCGGAUCGCAUUUACACUAGGACUAUACUUUCUCAGUCUUGCUUUCCCUUUUCCUCGUAAAACAGAAAAGUAUUAGUAUAUUGUAAAAGAAGGUAUAGAAGGGUGACUGCAUUCCACGUCUUUGCGUCAUAAGCAACCGAAACGAACCAAAUUAUGCAAAGUGUAGGCAUGAAAGUUUAUCGAUAUAUUUUCUGUAGGUGUCAUAAGUAUAUGUAGGAAAGUAAAGCUUUACCCGGGUGUACUUGGUUCUCGGUGUAUCGCCCGUCAAAAUCGCUUGACUAGGGUCUGCGGUGGAGUGAUGUGUGUGUGUGGGGAGGAACGAGAAUGUAAUCUCUUUUACUCUUUGGAUCAGCUGAGUACGCUCAUAAAGCUUUUUUUUAUUGAACCAUCAAUUCACCGAUCAUUCGGUUCACAGAUUGAAGUAACAGUACUUUCGGGAUCACAAACUGUCAAUUUUCUGCAUCCAUCUAGAUGAUUCAAGUUCCGAUUGAUUAAUCGCCAUUUUCUUUUGUUAAACCAAAGUAAGACAAAGCAUCAGCUGGUGUCCCACUGGCAAUCGUGGCGCCCUCUGCCGACGAAAAAUUUAACCCUAUAAUGGCGUCAUGUAACGAUAUGGUGUUUUUCCGGACCAUAUAUUUUCGUUUGUUUCUCUUUGGGGCUCUAAACUGUCAUCGUUUCUAUUUCACAAAGGAAACGACGCCGCAUAAAUCACCGAUUGAUUUAUAUUCCUGUUGCAGAAUAGAGGAUUUUGUUUUCUCUCGGGGAGUUGAUUUAGGUCGCUGGGAAAAUUUACUGUACGAUGUUGGGGUUGAAAUCUGUGUGUCUGUGGACGAUGACGGGCGAGGCUGAUCGGAAGGAAACGUCGUACUCACCAUAUGUGGCAAGAUUGAAGCGAGAAAUCAGAAGUAAAUUUUUCCAUUGUCCGUAGCAUGAAAUCGCUUAAAAUGCCUUUUAUUUCACUAAAUUGAAAAACCAACAAUAUCUUUAAUUAUUCCCAAAUUUCAUCCACCCUCCGAACAGUUCUAUUUUCCAUCGUGUUUCUUGGGGGUGUUUUUAGGCACCGAAAAAAAACCGUUUCCUCUUCCACCCGGCAAUUUCGCCAAUCAGGAAUAUUGCAUUUUCCAUAAAUUAAAUUGAAAGCUCCUUUCCCCGGACCACCACCGCCCGUACUUUUGAUCGGGCAGUUUCCUGAUGCUGCAUAAAUGUAAUCCAAUGAUAGCGGACUUCAAACUGACGGUGGUCAGCUGAAAGCCAAAAGCUGAAUCAAUCCUCCCAUCCCCCCUGCUUGCACGGUCAGUGCGAAAGGUAGGAGGCACCAUUUCGCUUCGAUUAGCGAUGGGUGGCGGUUUUUCGAUUCCGCCAUUUGAAGCUCCCCUUAAAACUGCUCUGGCAACCGCGCAGCUCAAUCGUUGAUUGUUGUUUUUUGUGUCUCUUCAGUGCAGCACGAAAUAGAUUGAAACAAUCAUCCGCAGUACGAUUCCAUCAAAAGCAUGCUGAAUUAUGACGCAGGAAAUGCUCGGGGUGAUUCCAAACCGGGGUUUGAAGAACUGGAAAUUCGCUUUGUGCUGCUGCUGUUACUAUAUUGUUACAAUUUCGAUUUGCAUCGAAGAGAUAUGCUAAUCCUAUUAUCUUUCCCGUGGGAUUUUCUUUUUUACUGAAUUCAUCAGGAUGAAAAAAGAACAGCGGAAUCGGAUAUAAUUGCAAUUUUCCUUGCUCCCCUCUCACGCACACCGCUUCGCCCGUACCUAGCAUCAUCUCUCUAGGUUUAAUCAUUCGUCCAAUAUUCGUAAUCGGUAAUUCUUUCGCAACUAUGUGUAUAUUUUCCAGCACUAAGCAGAUGUAUUUUUGUAAAUAUUUUUAUACCUUUGAAAAUCCAAUUUACUGUUACCGUAAAGCGUGUACAAUUUUCUAGUUUAGCAACUUUUCGGAUUCGGUUCGUUUUUGGACACUUUUUUCUUGUGACAGAAGCAAGACCACUUUUCUAACAAACUCUCGAACUACUGUUAUUAAUUUAAGCGAAGGGAAACCAGGUUUAAGGCAAAUCUCUCACUGUUUAUAUAUUUAAAAAAAAACGUAAAAACAUACCACAUAGCUACUAAAUGUGAAACACAAAUCCAUUUUUGCACAAAACAAACUUUAACAUGUGUUAGCACAAACCAGUAAAGCAGAAAUGAAAGAAAAGUUUAAUAUUUAAGAAUUUAUAGAAAACUCUAAGCAAAGCAACUCAAUGCUAACUAGAACGCAAACUGACAGCUAUCAAACACAGGAAAAAAAACUUCAUUUAAUGAGCAUGACCUGCAACUCUUUCUCUCUUUUCAAGAAAGUGAAUGUUAAUAUAGCCUAUAUACUACUAGACUAGCUAAGAACGAGAAGAAAACCUAUGAAAAAACACACACAAUAUUCCUCCCUUUUGUUUUAUUAAAAUUACUUCUCAGAGAACAAUCGCAAAACAAUGAUAACGAAUUUUUGAAAAUCCCGCGCUUUAUAACCAUAAUAAAAAUGUGGAGAAAACACCAAAAAAAAUGAACAUACCUUUGAAGAAAUGAGAAAAACAAACAACACACAUAAAAAUCAAAUUAAUGUUAAAACCAAGUCCUUUGAGAAAGAAAAAAAAAUACAAUUCUGGCUGUUUAUGGCUUACGAGAAGAAACAAUAAAUACAUGUAGUCAAUACAAAGUGACAAGGAAAAUAAUAA